AGCCUCGCGGUGACGUCACCGCUCGCACACCGAGAGCUCGCGGGCUGGAGCGCGCACACUGCCAUGAACUUCGGAGCAUAACUUCACCCUUUUUCUCGCUUUUUUCGGACGGGGCUGGGGAAACUACACCGAGAUAUAUUAUUCUUUUUUUUUCCUGAGAUAAACGCGCCACAUUUGGAGAUUUGAGUUGCAUAUUUCGCCGUUUGUGUCCAGCAGCAUGUCGUCCGCGGCGGUCGCUGCCUCGCGCAGGCAAUCGUGUUAUUUGUGCGAUCUUCCCCGCAUGCCGUGGGCGAUGAUCUGGGAUUUUACCGAAGCCGUGUGUCGCGGAUGCGUCAACUACGAAGGAGCGGAUCGGAUCGAGUUUGUGAUCGAGACCGCACGACAGCUAAAGCGCGCUCACGGCUUCCAGGAGGGCAGAUCACCGGGACCGGGGGGCAAACCGGGGAAGGACAUACAACCCAUCAACCACACGGAACCGGGCUCACGCCCUCCGCAACCACUGGAUCGGUACCCGCUCGCGUCGGACAGACCCCCGAGACUGGGCCCGGAGUACCAGUCCCGGCAAGCGAACGGGAUCCCGGUGCCAAACGGGUUCCCGAAGCCCGACGAGCCCCCCGAGCUGAACCGCCAGAGCCCGAACCCGCGGCGGAGCGGAGCCGUGCCGCCCAGUCUGGUUCCUCUCGUCAACGGGAGCCUGCCAGUGCACGCGCUUAACGGGAGAUCGGUGCAGAUGGGCAUCCCGCCGGAGCACGCGGGCAAACGCGCAGACGACAUGAAGGAGAAACACAGUAUGAGCGACGCGAGCGACGCACACAAGCGCGUCGAGGACUGGACGCAGAAGGGCAAGACGGUGCGGGACCUGAUGGCGCUGCAGAGCCUCGACUCCCGGUUCAAGAAGGAGCACGCGGCGCUGCAGCACCGGCUCGGGUACGAGAGCGGCUCCGGGGCCCUGAAAACAGACCGCGGCAAACACUCGCGGGGCAUUAAAAGGAAACCGUCUCCUGAGCCGGACGGCGAGGGAACCGCGGCUAAACUCAACGGGGAGGCUCCGCCGUGGCUCCCGUCUCCAUCCGAGGUGCUCAAGAUGUCGACCGCGGCUUUACCGGGAUUCGUAUCCGCUCCGCCGUCGACGACGAUCUCCCCGCACCCGCGCACCACCCCCCCCGAGCCCACCGCGCAGAACGGCCAGUCUCCCAUGGCCGCGCUCAUCCUAGCCGCGGAUAACGCCGGCACCGGCUCGCCCAAAGACCAGGUGCACUCGACGACGACGGCGAGCCGGAGGAACACCGGAAGCCCCCCGUCGCCCGCGGCGCAGCGCCGGCUAGCUCUCGGCGCGCCCAUGGACCCGCAGAGCGCUCCCGACUCCUCGGUGCCGCCCGGGAGCGUGCCGUUGUGCUGCACCCUGUGCCACGAGCGCCUCGAGGACACACACUUCGUCCAGUGCCCGUCCGUGGCGUCGCACAAGUUCUGUUUCCCGUGUUCCCGCGAGAGCAUCAAACAGCAGGGCGCCACGGGAGAGGUGUACUGCCCUAGCGGAGAGAAGUGCCCGCUAGUCGGAUCCAACGUGCCCUGGGCGUUCAUGCAAGGGGAGAUCGCCACCAUUUUAGCCGGAGACGUAAAGGUGAAAAAGGAACGAGACCCUUGAUUUGGCGUUUGCUGCACACCACCACCACCCUCAGCGAUCGGACAUGUACAUAUGAACUCAAGGGAACUUGCUAAACAUGGCUGUAUAAUUAUUAUUAUUAUUUUUUUUUUGAAUAUAUUGUGUUUCUAUAUUUUUCGGAGGAUUAUAUGGUAUGUAUGUACGCACUAUCCCCCCAUCCAGUGGUUGUUCGGAGCGAGCGCUCGUGUACUAGUAGAACUGGUGGCAGUCCAUGUUUAAACUCAGAAUGUGACUAAUACUCUUUGAGCACUUGGCAAAAACUCAAACGCUUUUAGCUGUAUUGUAUGCACUUGUUUAAGAAUUGCCAAAUACAAUUUCUGACCUUGUAAUAACAAUCUGA